CAAUCAAUUAGUUUCAUAAUUAAUUCGAGGCACUUUGAAAGAAACACUUGAGCUUAUUGAUUUUCGGAAAGCAUUGCAAGAAACACAAGUGAAUAAACUGCGUGCUAGAAUAUAACAUGGAGCUCAGCGUGGUUUUGCUGUUUCUACACUUUGGUGCAACUCUGAUCCUGCUAACACAAGCUCUACCCUACAGCCCAUGGCUGGCAUCGCAGCAUCACGGUCCACUUUACGAAGGUGUGAAGUUGCUCGUUGCGGAUGCCGAGUUUCAGGCGGAGUUGACUUGGAAUGAAACCGAAUUUCAGCUGCUUGAAGCUGUGACUGCUAUUGGUUUCACCCAGACUGAACUCGAUGCCUAUGAACCUUUAAUAGAGGAACGUCUUAACGCUAGAUUACUCGCUACGCGUUCCAAGAGCCUUUAUCAACACUGUUAUUUGCAACACAAUUAUGUCAUAGCAAAUUUUGAGCAAGAACUUACGUUUAAACUACAGAGUUGCAGAGCAAUGUUGACAAAAAAUUUAGCUGCUUUGCAGAAUGAGUCCAAUAUUGAGCUCAAUUUUAUACGUGGUGCUGCAGUGGAAGCUCGAAAUGUCCUUAACGUUUGUAAUGUGGCUGAGUUGAGAGGUCGAGAGAGCAAUAGAGAUAUCUCUGGCAUUACCAUGUGUGUGCUCAGUCGGAUUGGUGCGCUUGAUCAGCGUCUUUCGGCGGCUUCUGAAAACUUUUUAGAUCUGCUUGCCACUGAGAAUGCGGCGGAAGUUGAAGGCAAGAGCUGCGAGGAGUUCGAUGAACUACGUCAGUUAUUCGAUAGCGUUUAUGAUGACAUCAGUGAGUGUGUGGGAGAAAGAGAUGUCUAAAUAUUAAAAUAUAUAUACAGGUACAUAUAUAUUUGUGUUAAAGUACACAAACUCAAUGUUCUUCGAUUUAGAUCAGUUGGUAUUUUAUACAAGUUCGAUUUGUUAUA